GGCAUAAUGAGCGACGUCGUAAGCUACCCACCAAGUUGGAGAAAGAUAACCUUCCUCAUGACUGGGCACAUUCAGGUGCAGGACUCACGAUGCGACUUGACUCUCCCAGUAUUUAUACCCGAAGUUAAGAGAAUGGGCGGCCAGAGUCGAGUUUACCUUGGCGAUCCGACGUCGCCUUCCUCAUACCCUAGUAGUGCGCGGCGGUCACUGUUCUUACGCGUUGGUGCUGCCUUCUUCGCAGGAUUCUUCGUAUGUCUGGCUGUAGUUGCGCAAUACGCCUCGUCAAACCAAUCAUGCUUGCCAUUUUCACUCUUCACUGCUUUACUGCCUACACAUGCAGGAACACCCGAGUGGCAUCAAUACCCUCCGGCUGAGCCAACUAACGCGUUUCCCUCCAUGUUUCCAUCCAGUGUUGGCUAUCCGGGUCCAACACAUGCAGGUGCCGAGCCUGGCGUAGCUGCUACAGCUCCUGCCUAUCCUUUACAUUCUGGUUUAGUGCACCUUGUAUCCCCUACGCGUUUUUCUCAGGACAACACAAAGGCCAGAACGAAGGAUUUCGACAUUUUCCGUAGCUGGGGAAGCUUAUCCCCGUGGUACUCCAUCCAACGUGGAAAAUUUGGUAUUGAUUCUGGUCCAGGAGCACCCGAUACCUGCAACAUCACUGGCGUGCAUCUUCUACAUCGUCACGGUGCACGAUACCCUGCUGACUACUCUAGAGGUACUGGACCGGGUGGGUUCGCCUCGAAGUUGAACAUGAAUGCAGAAAAUGUCACAGCUACCGGGCCUCUUUCAUUUUUGGACGACUGGACGUACAAGCUAGGAAACGAAGGAUUGACACCUUUUGGGAGGUCUCAGUUGUUCGAUCUCGGCGUGUCGAUGCGCAUGAGAUACGGGUUCCUUUUGAAGAAUUUCAGCGAAACAAACACCUUGCCUGUGUUCAGAACGGAGUCCCAAACACGGAUGUUAAACUCUGCGCAAAACUUUGCUCUCGGAUUUUUUGGUUACCCUCUCGAGGGCCAGUAUCAACAACAAAUCAUGAUCGAAGCCAAAGGUUUCAACAAUACUCUUGCCUCUUAUCGGUCUUGCGCCAAUAAUGACAUUCCCAGUAGGGGCUACCGUGGCCAACCAUAUGCUGAUGCGUGGAAAGCAGUGUACCUCAAAGAUACCGUUCCUCGUUUGCAGCAAUACCUUGAUGGGUUUGAAUUGGAAGUUGAAGAUGUUUACGCCAUGCAAGAAUUGUGCGCCUUCGAGUCGGUCGCUCUUGGUUAUUCCAAGUUCUGCGAACUCUUCACGCAGAAGGAGUGGGAAGGCUUCGAUUAUUCAUACGAUCUUAACUUAUGGUACGGUGUAGCUUGGGGCUCACCUGUUGGUAGGGGAGAAGGAAUUGGCUAUGUGCAAGAACUUGUGGCUCGUCUCACUCAGACACCGAUUGAAACACAUAAUAGUUCCACUAAUGCGACCCUUCAUAAUGCUGUCACCUUCCCCCUUGGACACAGCCUUUAUGUGGAUGCGACGCACGAGGUUGUAGUAUUAAAUGUCCUUACUGCAUUGAACCUUUCGAGCUUCGCAGCGAUGGGACCAUUACCUACUGAUCAUAUUCCAGAACAGCGCACGUUCAGGACAGCAGAGCUUGCUCCAUUCGCAACCAAUGUACAGUUCCAGCUCUUGUCGUGUUCCACGGAACACGAUCCACAAAUUCGUGUGAUCGUUAAUGAUGGUGUUGUGCCGCUGACGAAUCUAAAAGGGUGUCAAGAUCAUCCAGAUGGGAUGUGCUCGAUCCAUGCUUUUGUCGAUGCGCAGAAAGAGAACAUUCGGAGUACAGACUGGAACUUCGUUUGUAACACCGAUUGGACAAUCCCCGAUGGAUGGGAAACUACCACAGGCUACCCUCCUCUUUAAAUUCGCCGCCAAGUGUGCAUGCAUUCUGGUACUAUAAAGCACUAGUGUGUUGUCGAUAAUAAUCCGGCAAAGAGCCAUACCUGCGAAU